ACAGACGGUGCCUGCUCCCCCGCCUCCCCUUCUCCUCCUCCGUGCGGUGGUGGAGUCUGCCUGUAGUCCGAUUCCGCGGUGGACGCAGUCUGUUUGUAGGGCGGCCAAGUUCCAUAGAAACUCGUUUACCCAGAAGCCCACGCGCCGCUUCAACUUAGAGACCAGGCUUCUUCUGGCUUCGGCAGCGUUUCCCAUUUAAACAAACAGUGACGAAGAUGGCGGAGAGUUAAUGGUGUAAAGAAGAAAUUAUCGAUCCGGGAGAGAGACGCGUGAACCAGGUACUGAUAUGUGUGCACGAUGAGCGGACUCGGGGAGAACUCCAUGGAGCCUCUGAGUUCAGAAAACCGAAAACGCAAGCUCUCCACCUGCGACACGCCGGCCCUGGGGUCUGAGAGGAAGCGGCGGGAGCAGGAGAGCAAGUACAUCGAGGAGCUGGCCGAGCUGAUCUCCGCCAACCUCAGCGACAUCGACAGCUUCAACGUCAAACCGGACAAAUGCGCCAUCCUGAAGGAGACGGUGCGGCAGAUCCGGCAGAUCAAGGAGCAGGGAAAAGCUUCAUCCAACGACGACGACGUCCAGAAGUCAGACGUGUCCUCGACUGGUCAGGGAGUCAUCGACAAGGACCACUUGGGGCCUCUUCUGCUGCAGGCGCUGGACGGCUUCCUGUUCGUGGUGAACCGGGAGGGCAGCAUCGUGUUCGUGUCGGACAACGUGACCCAGUACCUGCAGUACAAGCAGGAGGAGCUCAUCAACACCAACGUGUACAACAUUCUUCACGAGGACGACAGGGAGGAGUUCCACAAGAACCUCCCCAAAAGCAGCAUAAAUGGAGUGUCAUGGGGAAACGAGCCAGCCCGACAGAAGAGUCACACCUUCACCUGUCGGAUGCUGGUCAAGUUUGGCCACGCCCACGGACCCAUGGAGGAGGGGCCAGGAGGACCACGAUACGAGACCAUGCAGUGCUUUGCUCUCACUCAACCCAAGGCCAUGAUUGAGGAGGGGGAAGACCUUCAGUCAUGCAUGAUCUGUGUGGCCCGACGAGUCACGGCGAUGGAGAGAACGGAGAGUUUCAACACCCGACACGAGCUCUCAGGUAAACUGAUUCAGAUCGAUCAGAACUCUCUGAGGGCCUCCAUGCGUCCGGGCUGGGAGGACUUGUUGAGGCGCUGCAUUCAGAUGUUCCUCCAGCACAGCGAUGGGCAGCCCUGGUCGCAUAAACGCCACUACCACGAGGCCUUUCUGCAGGGUCACGCCGAGACGCCCUUGUACCGCUUCUCUCUGUCCGACGGCACUCCCGUAACCGCCCAGACCAAGAGCAAACUGUACCGCCACCCCAUGAGUAACGAGCCCCAAGGCUUCAUCUCCACUCACCUACUUCAGAGAGAGCCAAACGGUUACCGCUCAGCACCAGGCGGUGGCAUGAUGUCCAACAGUAUGCGCCAACAAGGCAUGAGCGGCCCCAACCCAAACACCCAAAUGAAUGUGAACCAAGGCGGAGGAAUGGGCAUGGGAGGCAUGGGCGGCAUGAGCCGGGGCUUCAGCAUGAACGAGCAGGGCCAUAUGGCUCACAUGGGCCCAAUGGGAGGCGGCUCCAUGUAUGGAGGGGGCGGCGGAGCGGGAGGUGGCGGCGGAGGAGGCAUGGGCAACCGCGUGAUGCAGAUGAACCAGAUGGGGCACAUGAACCAUCCGGGCCAAGGCAUGCCGCCGCAUCCGCAGCAGCCCCCGUUUCAGAACAGCGGCGGGUUCGGACUCAGCGGCAUGAACAGCCCCUCUGGGAGUCCUCGAAUGGGGGGUCCCCAGCAGGGACUCCUCAUGUCGCCUCGGAACCGAGGGAGCCCCAAAAUGGGCGCCAACCAGUUUUCCCCCGGAGGUAUGCACUCACCUAUGGGCAGUAUUGGUGGAGCAGGUGGUGGGGGCACCUCCACCUUCUCCAGCAGCUCUCUCAACGCGCUACAAGCCAUCAGCGAGGGAGUGGGCAGCUCUCUUUCCUCCACUCUCACCUCCCCCUCACCAGCCCACAAACCUGACAGCUCUCCCAGCAUCCACUCAUCCUCCUCUUCAUCACAGCCCAACCAGCAGGCCAAAGAUGGCUCCAAAAGUCCAGCUGGAGGCUUGGGACCCGGUGACCACCACCUAUCCACGCACCAUCACCACCAUCAUCAACAUCAGGCGGAAAGUUCCGGCGACAGGCCCGACAGCCAGGCGGCUACGUCGACGAAAGAGUCUGGAGAGGGAAGCAACGAGGCGGGAGUGGCGAGCUCUGAAGCCCAGCGUAGGUUGCCGGACAGCAAAGGCCACAAGAAGCUGCUGCAGCUGCUGACUUCACCCACGGAGGAGCUGGGGAUAGGAGGCAGCGGAGCGUCGGGGCCACCUGUACCACCACCCAACAGCAGCAGAAGUGACGCCGGCUUGGACUGUAAGGACGCCUCGGGUGGUAUGACCAGCCCUUCGUCAACAGGGGUGUCCUCUUCGUCAGCCGCUUCCGGCCAGGCAGCCGGGCAGGCCGCCGCGCUGUCUCUGUCAUCGGCGCACUACACUGGCUCCCUGCAAGAGAAGCACAAGAUCCUGCACAAGCUUCUUCAGAACGGAAACACUCCAGAUGAAGUGGCAAAGAUCACAGCAGAGGCAACAGGGAAAGUAUCGCUGGGGGGCCAGGAGGCCAGCGAGGCUGCAGCCGGCGUCUCGGGGCCCGGGUUGGGCUCCGGGUUCCCAGCAGACUCCAAACAGGAGCAGCACAGUCCGAAGAAGGAGAAGACCCACGCCCUUCUCCAUUACCUCCUCAACAAGGAUGACUCCAAGGAGCCCGUGGACGUGAAGCCCAAACUGGAGGAGUUGGAGGGGAAGGGGCCUCCUGGCACCACUGGGGGCCCUCUACCUGAACAUCCCGAGAGCAAGAUCAAGUCUGAACCAUCCGAUGACUUACAUAACCUGGAGUCCAUCCUGGGCGAUCUGAGGGGGUCAAGCUCGGACUUUUACCCCGAUCUGACAGGAGGUGGUGCGGCAAACCGAACAGGGAACAAACCACAGGGUUGCCUUGAUGACGGCCUGCAAGGCUUCAUGAACCAGACGCGACAGAGCAUGGGCAUGAAGAUGGAGACCCCUGGAGGAAACCCCGGCAUGAGGCCUGGCAUGCAGCCCGGCAUGGGAGGACAGCCGGGCUUCCUGAACGCUCAGAUGAUGGCUCAGCGCAGCAGAGAGGUGGUCACCAUGCAGAUGAGGAGGCAGCGCAUGAUGAUGUUCAUGCAGCAGCAGCAGCAGCAAGCGGCAGCUGCAGCCGCCGCAGCAGCCGGAGGCUUCAGCCCCCCUCCGAACGUCACGGCUCCCGGCGGCAUGGACGGCCCCAUGGGGGGGCCCAACAUGGCCCAGCCGGGCCCCCAGCAGUUUGGUUACAGCAGCAACUAUGGGAUGGCUCAACAAGGAGACCCCUCUUUUGGCCCGUCGGGAGGCAGUCCUCCUAACGCCAUGAUGCCUGGCCGCUUGGGGCCUCAAAACCCCAUGAUGCAACAGCACUCGCAGGGCGGCCCCAUGUACCAGGGUCCUGACAUGAAAGGCUGGUCUCAGGGGGGAGUGGGACGGACCAGCGCCUCAUAUCCUCAGCAGCAGUUUGGGCAGCAGGGAAAUCCGGCCCAGUACGGAGGGAUGAUGAUGAACGGGGGCAUGCCGUCCAGUGGAGGAGGGGGUCACAUGGGUCAGAUGGGUGGGCAAAUGGGAAUGAACCCAAUGGUUAUGGGACGCAUGCCUAUGGGGCCGGAUCAGAAGUACUGCUGAAAGCUGCAGCUCUCUGUGACCAGGACACGGGCAGUCUGCGCUGGGCGGCGGUGGGGGUGGACGGGACACGCUGCACCUUCACCACACGGGGGAGUGAACUUCCUUUAGGACCGAAUGCCAGUAUUUUCCAUCUGGCAACCUGAGAACAAACCAAUCUGGGACCUCCACACACGAACUCUGCAGGCACAAGCCCCGCCCUCCCUCCCCGGGUGGAGCAGGGACCCCACAGACUCUGCCGAAUGUACCAUGAAGCUGUAUUUUUCUGAUUCCUGUCUCUUUUUUUUUUUUUGCUCCUGGAGGAUGGUUUUCCUACAGCGGCUCCUCCCGCUGACGAGCCGCCAGAUUGUGACGCUCACAUGAAUGUCAUUAAGCAGUAGCACAUCGUGUCCUCCAGGGUGUCACGAAAUACGAGGGAAUUACUCGUUGGCUGGUUGCACUUUACGGAAAAGCCAACACCAGAAGGAUUGUGGCAAUAUAGAGGCCUUUACCCCAAGAAUUUCGCAUCAAACAUUUCCUGCUUAUUUUUGUGUCCCCUCCCAGUUCAGACUUUGGAAAUGAGGUACGGUGGCCGUCUUCGCUCCUCAGUGGAAACCAGCUGAAAAAAUCAGAGCAGCUUCGACACUUUUAGAGGUAAAUUUUAGCUAAAAAUGCACAAAUGAGGCGGAUUGGUUUUAUUGAAUGAAGCUGGAAGGCGUUUAAAGGCGUACAGGUCUUUAGCAAUAACCCCUCCUCCUGGUUUCCCUCUGAGGGCGAAGCUGAAGUGGAAACGGUACUGCAGUAUUAAGAUCUCUCAUUUUGGAAGGUUUUCUCUUUUACAUGUGAAUAUGAAUUGUAAAUAAUGUAUGAUAUAUAAAUAUAUAUAAGCUUUUGUAGAUCUCAUACCGUUUUUUGCACAGAUUGUACGGCUUGAUAUUUAAAGUGGAAUUUUCUUAUUGGGUCUUAGGUCAGUUUUUAUUUUCGGAAACCAUCAGAGGGAAAGCAAAGGGCCUCUUUUCGUAAGCGGUGCAUGCAGAUCUUCUUUCAUACCGCCAUUUUUGUUGUUUUUCCUUUUUGAUUUGUGAUAAUCCAGAUCAUUCUUAUUUUCCUAGGAUAGUCUUUGCUACAGAGGUGCUAGUUGGUUAUCCUUUUUUAAUGUUUUUUUUUUUUAAGAAAAAAAUCCAGAUUAAGUCUGAACUAAAAGAGUUUGAUUCCUGAUUCCUUCGGGAGCAGAUUGUAGGUUUGGUGUUGACCUCUUGCUUCCAUUUGCAGCUCUCUUAACGAUCAUUUUAACUGAUGGGAGGCCACAAAAGAUGAACACUUUUUAUCCGUCAGUCCUUUCGUUAUCGGGUGUUUUUUGUUAUUUUAAAUAAAGAUUUUUACUUUUUUUUCUCCAGCAAAACUUUUAAAAAUCUACCUUUGAACACGCGCUUGAUCCAAAGAUUUCUGUUUGUGCGUUUCCGUGCAUAGAAGCAGUUCCUGAUUGUGUGCUUUUUCCUGUUGCACAUAGCUUCUGAUGUACAUGGAGCUAAGUCGUGCCGCAUACAUUAUAUCCCCCGCAUCCUUAUGAAAUGUUCUUUCCUCUUGUUUUGGGAUUUUUUUAUUUUUAUUUUUUUGGUUUCCUGGUGCUCCUCCACAUAAGAAUGUUCUUUUAAGCUUGAA